AUACUCCGAUAUUAUUGAAUUAACAAUGUUGGAAGUAAUUAAUAUAGUUUCUCAAAACCAACUAUUUUCAAUUAAAUAACAUUUAUAAAAUAUUGAUUGAUUAUAAAAUGCUUUAAUCUAAUCUCAUUGUUCAAAUGAACGCUUUUUUACGAGUUCAGUUUUAUAAUAUUGAACGCACCUUUCAUCUAAUGUCUUUUUGUUUGUUAUUAAUCAGUGUGUAACAUCUGGAUGAUAUAAACCCAAUAAUUGUAGUGUUGAAAAAUGAAUGAUCCAACGAAAAAAAUGAAAAAUCCUUUGUUUAAUGUAUCUGUGACAGGAGGAACUUUUGAGGAUUUUUCUCAAAACGCUAUAUUAUUACCAGCUAAGGAAAAACCUCCUCUUCCCACUCUUAACCUCACUCCAGAGCAACUUUUAAGGGAAUUAUUACCAGAUUCAAAAUCAUCCGAGGAAGUGAAUAAUCAACCAGUAGAACCUAUAUCAAGCGAAUUUACUUAUUCAAAUCCUCAGCCCAAUGUAUACAGUCAAAAUAUAUCUGAAGUACGACCAUCUCCUAACGUUAACUAUUCUCAAGAACUUCCAGAUAUUUCAACUUUACAACCCCAUUUGAACCAAAACACGAAUCGUACUUCAUCAGUUUUUUCCUCUUUUUCUAACAUAUUGAAUAUUGGAGGCUCGAAUAAUAAAUCGAAGAAAGAGGAAGUUACAGUGCCCGCUCCCGCGGGAAUUGAAGAAUUAAUUAAUCAGGGUACCUGUAAUUCUGAGCCUGUACCUUUAUUUUCUACAAAUACUUCCGAGUUCUUUCAACAAAAACCUCCACCAACUACAGGCCCAGUAAAUGUUUUCAGAAGACCCGGUCUAAAACGACCAGCAUAUGCUCAGAUACCAGGCCUGUCAAACGAUCCUGUACCUCCGCAGAAUAUUCCUCAGAAUCUACCACCACCAAAUUUACCUCCUCUACCAGUAUCUUCUAAUCCAAUCCCCCAAAACUAUUUUGUACCGUCAGCUCCUUCUCCAGUAAACUCAGUUUCUUCUACCAGUAGUAUCGAGCCUGCUAUUCAGAAUUUACCAAACUACUUCAAACCUAUAUCCCCGCCACCUCCUAACUUACAGGCUUCGUUUAAUAUUUCUGAACCAUUAAUACCUGUACCAGUUCAACCAGCUCAGUUUUCCGUUUUCUCUGGAAGUUCUCACAACAUAAUACAGAACACACCAGUUAUGGACGCCAUUCCAACGAACGAAUUUUCUAAAAAAUCCCAUAUGGAACAGACUUCUUCAUCCAAAACAGUACCAACUGUUGGUAAUGGAAAUAGUGUUAAUCCCGUGAUUAAUCAUGUUUAUAGACCUGUUUACCACCAUUGGUUCUUUCAAAAAGAAGUGGAAGGUAAAAAAAAUUGGCAACCCUUUUCAAUGGUAGAUUCUUUGUGUCUAGAACAAGCAUUCACUUCAAAUGACUUAGAUCCAGAUAAAGUAAUAGCAACAGAUGGUGGACGUUAUGACGUGAAUAUUUUAAGAAGACAACGACAUCCAGUAUAUUGGAAAGGAACUCCCAACGAAGUUAGACGAUGCUCCUGGUUCCACAAGAACAGCACUGACGGUAGACUUAUUCCAUAUGAAGAGAAUAUUUCUACAAUGCUAGAAGAAGAAUAUAGGUCUGCUUUUGAGACUAAUAAUUGGCAUAGGACGAUUGAGUUGUCUCGAGGAGAAUCAAUUGUUUUCCACGGACCAGAUGUUAUGGUUCUUUUUUCACCUUCCCAAACUCCUGACUCCUGGAGUCAAACAACUAAUCAAUCCCGGCCUAGGGUGGUUAAACGAGGAAUGGACGAAUUUGAUAUAGAUGACGGGGAACCAGCUCAAGUAGACCAUAUUCUAUUCAUAGUACAUGGUAUUGGCUCUGUUUGUGACUUGAAAUUCCGGUCAGUAGAAGAAGUUGUGGACGAAUUUCGACAUAUAGCUCUUCAGCUAGUCCAGUCUCACUAUAGAUCCUCAUGUGAUCAAGGAAAAGUUAAUAGGGUCGAAGUUUUGCCUGUUAGUUGGUAUGAUAGGUUACAUUCAGAAGAAACAGGAAUAGACGAACAACUGAAGAGUAUUACUCUCAAGAGUUUAUCGAAGUUGAGAAAAUUUACUAAUGAUACUUUAUUGGAUAUCUUGUUUUAUACUAGUCCUGUGUACUGUCAGACAAUUGUCUCUACUGUAGGUACGGAAUUGAAUAGAUUAUAUGAUCUGUUUAAACAAAGAAAUCCCAAUUUUACUGGCGGGGUAUCUCUAGGUGGCCACAGUUUAGGAAGUCUCAUACUUUUCGAUUUGUUAUGUCAUCAACUUCCUUCUUCAGAAACUGAAUGUGAAGAUAAAGAAGAAAUACUAUCUAGUGGCCCAGGUACGACCAAGCCAGCUCCUCUACAAAGAAAAAUGAGUAAGCGGAUAAGUUACAUGAUGGGAGCUAUAGGAACCGGUCAACCCCAGAUACAUUAUCCUCAUCUUAAUUUUGAACCAAAGAAUUUUUUCGCUUUGGGAUCACCCAUAGGUAUGUUUGUUAUUGUAAGAGGUUUGGAUACUUUGGGUGAAAGUUUUUCGUUACCGACUUGCCCAGCUUUUUUCAAUAUUUUCCAUCCUUACGAUCCGAUUGCAUACAGAAUCGAGUCUCUUAUUAAACCAGAGUUUGCAAAUUUAAAACCAGUAUUAAUUCCACAUCAUAAAGGCCGCAAGAGAAUACAUUUAGAAUUAAAAGAAACAAUGGUGCGUGUAGGAGCUGACUUGAAACAAAAAGUUAUAGAUUCUAUGCGAAACACUUGGAAUACAUUCUAUCAGUUAGCAACGUUCCACAAACAAACUCCUCCAAGCUUGGAAGAAGAGGUUUCCAAAGUGUUCAAUGAACAAAUUGAAGAAAAAGUUGAACUUGAAAGUGAUACUAUCUUAGAAUCCACCAGUACUCCAAUCGGUAAUUUAAAUGGUGGAAGACGAAUUGAUUAUGUACUUCAAGAAGCUCCAUUUGAAAUUAUUGACUAUGUAUUCGCUUUACAAAGUCACGUUUGCUAUUGGGAGUCUGAAGACACAAUAUUACUCAUGUUAAAGGAAAUAUAUUCUUCUAUGGAUAUUACCAGUGAUAGCCAAAUUCCACAGCAAACCAUGACGAUAGAAAGACCUAUGCAUUCCUCUACUAGUAGUAAAGUAGUACCAAAACCAUCUGUAUCAUUGCAAAAUAAUCAGCAACCUACAGGAAUGGAUCCUACUACACCUAUAACUGUGAAUGACCCUCUCCGACCUCCACCUACUACCGGUUUCGUCCGGAAAACCUAAUACAUGCUAUUCGAGUGGCUUUAUAAGCCACUUGCUGAAAGAUACGCCCCGUAUUUAUUGCACACCAAUUUUCAAUCUAACAUUAAACGAAGAAAACUACCGAGGUAAACGUACGUACUAUUGGUAUAAUUUGGUUGCCAAUAAAGGUCAAAAUCGACUAAUUACCUCAACAUUUCUACUAUUGCACUAUUGAGAAUAAAAUAAUCCAUUCACUCGAAUCAACUCUGUUCCAUUUAACUUCAUCACCUAUUUUUCUUUCACAUAAUAUUUUUAAAUACUGCUCUAGAAUAUAAACUCCAUUUUUUAUUAACAGUACACCCUAUUUGGGGCUUCAAAGGUCGAUACUUUCCCGGGGGAAUUGAGUUGAUUCCUGAAACAUUGUAAUUUAACCGGCGCUAACCCUAGCUGGGUUAGGUCCGCUUCAACCUCCUCCAAUACAUGGUUCAGCGUGAGUAUCAUCUCUACGUGUCUCAGCCAUCUCAAACGCGCCCCCCGGAUGAAUGCCACCAAAUCUGUCUCAGCUCAGCAUUCCUCCAGAUCCUUCAUGCACUAUUCUCGCAAACAGAGCCAGAAAUUUAAGUUCCCAGCAGUUCAAAAUCCGCUCACUCAGAACAAGUCUAGCAUCCGCAUGUGACCACGACGAAUUAUUGUCUUGUGAAUUCCGAGCUUGACCUUGGUGAGUGCCCUCUAAACUUCAGAGCUCUCUGGACUGCCCAAAAUCAUCUGUUCCCCGCAGCAACUCUUGUCACGUCAUUAUCUUCAGUUAUCAAUGCUCCAAAAUAUUUGAAUUGGUGGCACCACUCUCUAACUUGGAACGUGGUUUGGGAGGUCGGGGCUCUCCUUCAGGUUCUCAUGUACAUGGUUUUCUGUUUGGUACAUGGUUUUCAAUAACUUGUAUUUUAAAACAAAUUCGAACAGUUUUGGAAAACUUGCAAGACUGUGAUUUUACACAAAAAUAUAUUUUUUAUAAAAGUAUUUGUUAGGUAUUUUUCAGAAUUUUAAAAGAUCUCCCGAUAAUUUUAUUUUUAUAAGCUUUGUUCGCGGUAGAUAUCCCGAACGUGCCCUGGCACCAGAUUCAUGCGCAUUUUGAAAUAGUGCGUUCGCAGUGCUAAUAUAACAUGUUCGGGAUUUAAAAUUCUGUGUUCGCGGAGCACACAUUUAUAAUUCCGAACGUAUUCUGAAUACGUCGAAUGUAUCCUCGGACAUGAGUAGGAAUUUUCCAUCCGGCGCAUGUGCAUUCAUCCUUCUUGUGAUAUUUACCACGAAAUAACCUCUAACCUAUGUGGUUUUCUACGUAAUUGAAUUUAAAAAACGCAGCAGUUGAUAUUAUAUUCACAAAUAUCAAGAAUAAAUCUUCGGUCAGUUAAUUAUCUACAUUUUUUCUUCUAGCUAGUUUUGAAUUCUUUUAGAUGUUCAUAAACCGUUUGCGGAAGAAUGUAUGUUCAGAACAAAGAAUGCGCAUUUGACACAUCCAGGAAUGUGUCUAAAUUAUAUACUGUGAACAAAGAUAUAGAGUUAGUUUUCUUUCCGAUAAUUGAGCUGAAAAGCAGCCCCGAUUGGGGGUAAAAUAUUCAUAAGAGAAUGCCGUUUAACCUUAAUCUAAUCUCGAUAAUGAAAAUUUUUUCAAAUUAGGAUUUAAACAACAAAAAUACAUUUUUUUAUGAAAUUACUGUGAGAUCUUUUAUUUUCCUUAUAAUUCCAUGUUGUGGGUUGUUGAUAUAAAUUUAAGAGUUUUGUGUUAUUGUUAAUUUGAUAGUUUAUUAAUGUUUUGAAAUUGGGUUGUAUUAUUUUAUUUGUCAAACGUUAAAUAGAAUUUUAUAUUUUU